CCGAGAAUCUAUGGAUCUACAGGUGAAGCUUCAGUGACGAAGUGUUUACACUAACAGUACUCAAACACAACAAAGAUCGCGGGCCUUGUCCUUAUCGCAGGGGCAAAGAUGUCGAGUCUCAAAUAUGGCCUGAACGUGCCUAAGAAAUCACAGCCUGCCGCGCCCAGAAAUCCACUUUUCGGCGACGACGAAGAAGAGAUUCUGCGCCCACCUACUGAUUCGAGUAGAUUGAAGAAGCCGAUAUCACAGUUUGGCAACCUCGCCGGCAAACCGAAGUCUUCAAAAUCAGGGCCCAAAGUAGAAGAGCUCGAUCCUACCAUCUACGACUACGAUGCUGCAUACGAUGCUAUGCACGCCAAGUCUGCCGCUAAGAUUGCUGCUGAGAAAGAAGACGCGGCGCUCCGCAAACCACGUUACAUGACAGGUCUUAUUGCGGCUGCGGAAGUGCGUGAGCGGGAUCAAUUGCGUGCCAAGGAUAAAUUGCUGCAGAAGGAGCGGGAGGCAGAAGGCGAUGAUUUCGCGGACAAGGAAAAGUUCGUUACAGGCGCGUAUAAGGAACAACAGGCGCAGAUGCGCAAGGCAGAAGAAGAGGAGAAGAUAAAGGAAGAGGCUGAGGCGAAGAAACAGCAGGGUAAGGGGAUGUCGGGUUUCUAUCGAUCAAUCAUGGAGCAGGAUGAGAAGCGGCAUCAAGAGACUAUGGCCGCGGCAGAGAAGGCGCAAAGGGAUGGAAUCACGAUCGACGAGGGUCCGAAAGAGAAGACAGAGACAGAGCUUGCGAAAGAGCUCAAUGAAAAGGGUGCUAGGGUGGUUCUAAAUGAGGAUGGACAGCUGGUGGAUAAGCGUCAGUUACUCUCUGCAGGACUCAAUAUCACUGCUCGGCCUACAUCAACGGCGAAGGCCUCGGCUUCGACUCAGACCACCAAGACUCCUCUGUAUCAAGGACGCAUAUCCCAACAGAAGGCUGUCCGUGAGCGUCAGUCCAAGAUGAUAGAGGAGCAGCUCGAACAAGCCACGAAACGUGCGGCCGAUGACGAGGCCGAAGAACAGCGAAAGCGAGAACAUGCCGCGAAGAGCCGUAAGACAAAGGAAGAUAUCAACGCGGUUAGAGAGAGGUUUUUACAGCGGAAGAAAGAAAUGACUGCGGCUAGAAAAGAAGCUUGAUAUCUUAUACCACGCAGAACAGCUCUAUUUCUGCUCAAUCUCCGGAGCUUUAUUCCCCAAUUCCCUGGGAGCUUCGCCUCUUUCUGCCAUAUCAUUCAGCACCUUCUCUGCCGUCUUCAUGGCAUCCACACCAGCCGGCAUACCACAGUACACCGUAGCAUGAAGGAUGGCCUCUCGUAUCUCCAGCUCGCUCAACCCAUUG